AUGACAGCAGAGGAAGUAAUUGUGAGGUUUGAGGAUAAAUAUAAAACAUUGGAGAAGAGUUUCAGAACCAUUGAGGAAGAGCUGAGGAAAAACUAUGUUACAGGGUUUAGCACAGUAUUGUGGAGAAUACGAUACCAUUUGCAAUAUGUACAGGACGUGCAGCAGUAUGUACAGGACGUGCAGCAGUAUGUACAGGACGUGCGGCAGUAUGUACAGGACGUGCGGCAGUAUGUACAGGACGUGCAGCAAUAUGUACAGGACGUGCGGCAGUAUGUACAGGACGUGCAGCAAUAUGUACAGGACGUGCGGCAGUAUGUACAGGACGUGCAGCAGUAUGUACAGGACAUGCAGCAGUAUGUACAGGACGUGCGGCAGUAUGUACAGGACAUGCAGCAGUAUGUACAGGACGUGCGGCAGUAUGUACAGGACGUGCAGCAAUAUGUACAGGACGUGCGGCAGUAUGUACAGGACGUGCGGCAGUAUGUACAGGACAUGCAGCAGUAUGUACAGGACGUGCGGCAGUAUGUACAGGACGUGCAGCAAUAUGUACAGGACGUGCAGCAGUAUGUACAGGACGUGCGGCAGUAUGUACAGGACAUGCAGCAGUAUGUACAGGACGUGUGGCAGUAUGUACAGGACGUGCAGCAGUAUGUACAAGACGUGCAGCAGUAUGUACAGGACAUGCAGCAGUAUGUACAGGACGUGCGGCAGUAUGUACAGGACGUCCUAGCAUCAUCUAGGCAUGGUUGUUCAGGAACAAUGCCUAAAGUGACCAGAUCCCAUAAUUUAUGUACAGGGGGAUCAAGCUCAUCUUCAGUCAUGCUGGUGAAUGGCAUGUACUGGACGGAUAUAACCACCCAAUCGUACAAGAGGUUGUACCAUCAG